AUGACGGAAACCGUUGUCCGCCGCGUCGCGAUUGUAGGCGGUGGUCUCGUUGGAAUGCUUGCAGCCAUAUAUUUUGCUAAUCGUGGUUGGCAAGUAACUGUUUUCGAGUUCCGAAAAGAUUCUAGACAGCUUGAGGAUACUGCUUUACUAUCAAACAGGUCUAUCAAUUUGGCUUUGUCUGUUCGCGGUCUUAAUGCAUUGAAAAAGCCUGGUCUAGGUCUUCAUGAACAAGUUCUUGGCUCAGUUAUACCGAUGAAAGGCCGAAUGUUACAUCUUGACAAAGGAAGGCUAGUAAGCCAUCCUUAUGGCGUUUUUGGCGAGUGUAUUAAUUCGAUUGAUCGAGCUCAACUACUUAAACUGCUUCUGGAUACUGCCGAGGAACUCGCCAACGUAAAAAUAUUAUUCGAACAUCAAUUGAAAUAUUGCGAUUUCGAUUCCGGAGUGCUUGUGUUCGAGAAUCAUUCGAAUGGAUCGGAAGUGAGCCAAACGACAGAUUUAAUUAUUGGUGCAGAUGGCGCUUACUCAACGGUUCGGAGUCAGCUUAUGCGUCCUGUGAGGAUGAACUUUCAGCAAGAGUACAUACCACAUGCGUAUUGUGAAUUGAACAUCCCGCCUGUGACAGAUGCUGAUGGACGGUCAAAAUUUGCAAUGGAUCCGAAUCACUUACACAUAUGGCCACGGCAUUCAUUCAUGAUGAUCGCUCUACCGAACACGAAUAAGUCGUUCACAUGUACUCUUUUCAUGCCAUUCGAAGAAUUCGAAGCUAUUAAAACCGAAAAUGAUUUAAUGUCAUUUUUUCAAAAGCACUUCCCUGAUUCGAUACCACUUAUGGGCGCACAAAAUCUCAAAGAAGAGUACUUUCGUAACCCCAAAGGCCCGAUGAUGUCUAUCAAGUGCACACCAUACAAUUACAAAGAACGCGCCAUAAUUAUAGGAGAUGCCGCUCAUUGCAUGGUACCAUUUUAUGGGCAAGGAAUGAACUGUGGCUUCGAAGAUGUAUUCCUGCUAAAUGAUUUCCUGGACAAAUUUAAUGUGGAUGAUACUAAGGACACAAAUGAAUUUAGAGAAUCGUUAGAUAGAGCAUUAAACGCGUAUACUGAACGACGACACACGGAUGCAGCAGCUAUUUGUGAUCUUGCGAUGCGCAAUUACAUUGAGAUGCGUUCCGAUGUGGUUAAACCAUUGUAUAUCAUAAGAAAGAGAAUCGAGGGUGCCUUACACGCGAUAUUUCCGAAACAUUUCAUACCGUUGUAUACAAUGGUUAGCUUUUCAAAUAUUCGUUAUUCAGAGGCUGUCUACAGAUGGAAACGACAAGGAUUAUGGUUAUCGAUAGCGGCUGCAGCAGGCGAUGGUUCAUAG